AUGGCGUCCGACACAGCGGUUCUAAAGGACAUCGCUUCGAGGUUAGAGGUGCUCACGGUGGAGCUGCUGGACGCCAGCCAGGCCUCCGUGCCCGAUGCCCUCACCCAGCCGUCCCUGGAGCUGCUGAGCGAGCAGAAGCAGGUCGUCUACGACCUGAUCGGGGCCACGGCACAGCGCUCUCUUUCGAGCAGCAUCUCAUCAGAGACUUCGGUGUUGGAGGUGGAGAUCGCAGAGCUGGUCAAGCAUCAAAUCCAAGAGUUGGCGAUCGAGGGUGGGCCUUGGCACAACCCGCCGGCGCUCCGCCGUUUCCGCGAGAUGGGUCAGGCGGUGUCCAAGAAGCUCCAGCAGCUGGCGGAGUCCAGGCCACGCUCUGGCGCCAAGGAGGCCUCCCAGGGACCAGCCGUACCCAGCAUGGCGGUCUCGACGCAACCGGGUCCUUUCGGGCCAACGAGUGGACGAGGUCAAGGUAGAGACCGCUUCACUGUCGAGGAGGCUUUGAACCUGCUAUGCGAGAAGAAGGAGCCCAUCUGGAAGGGAUCCCUCAUCGGCGUGGUCCACGCCGCAGGUGUGCAGGAGAUGACGGCAAUUAACUCCCACUUGCCCGGGAGAUUCGAGUUCGUGUACGCCCCGAAAGUCCAGGCUGCAUGGAACCUGCAUCAGAACUCUGCGAUGAUUUAG